AUGGGGUACUACUUUGCCGAUAGCAUUUAUCCCAAGUGGUCAACGUUUGUGAAGACGAUUACAUCACCCCAAGGGAAUAAGAAGAAAAACUUUGCUGCAGCACAAGAAUCCGCAAAAAAAGAUGUCGAACGUGCCUUUGGGAUACUUCAACAACGAUUUGCAAUUGUUCGUGGACUUUCCCAAUUUUUCAAAGUUGAUGAGCUAACAAAUAUAAUGAAAGCAUGUGUUAUUCUACAUAACAUGAUCAUUGAGGACGAGCGUGAUGAUAGUCAAGGUCUGAACAUGGAGUAUGAUCAAGUUGAUGAUGAUAUUCCAGAACUGUCGUGCAAUCCAACAAACGAAUUUAUCAACUUCAUUCAGCGCCAUCAUGAAAUUAGAGACAGCUUGGCAUAUCAUCAACUACAGAUUUAA